AAUCAGCGAAAUGGACAGCAGAUCUAUAAAAGCAUGUGGGAUUGUUUGAGGAAAACACUACGCUCUGAUGGUUAUUUUGGCAUGUAUAGAGACCUUACGCCGUGGAUUUUGAGGGCUAGCCGAUGUGGCGAAGCCAGGAUGGAUCAUUAAAAUGGUUCUUACAGUACUACUUACAAUUGUAAUUAGGCAAAAAGUUUUUCCCCCUUCAUGUUUUACUUUUUGUUUAAAUGUUUGUCUUCUUUUUGUUUCCCCUUAUAAUAAGGCUAGGGUUUUUAUGUCCUUUUUUUCUUGUUUUUCUCCUAUUUGACAUUUCCAAGACAUUUUAUUGCAAAAACCAUCAAGGAGUACUUGUACUGUGGCUGAAUGUGUUAAAAAGAAACAAAUUAAAAAUAGUCCCUCCAAAAGAUGAAAAACUAUAACCAAGGUGCUUGAAUAUUUUCUUUUAUUUUCAAAACUUCAGCUGAUACUUGAAUUAUCUUUUAAUACAGGCAUUAUUUAUUUAUUUUUUUUACUUUAACCUUGUAUGUGCCAUUAUAUAAGCAAAAUUCCAUUGUGCCAGUGCUGUGGAUUCUACAUUUCUGUGUUUCCAUAUGCUUGCUGGUAACAUGAGGAAUGGCAAAAGAGCUUAGGGCCAGAACUAGGGGUAGGCAGAAGAGGCAUGUGCUGGGGGGGGGGGCUACACCUAGAUUGACUUUUAGUAACAAGCAGGAGGAUGGGUUGGCGGCUGCUGAUGUCACUCAGUACACCGCCUUUUCGUUUUCUUACUGGAGGGUGCAUUUAUUGCUGGGGCUUAAACUGAGUGCUUGUUUUAGUUGUCCUGGCACUGAAAGACCCUGGCUCUUGUUUGUAAAUUUGCAAGGUAGUUAUUUCUUAGUGUAUAAUAUUAUAUACUGUGCCUAUAAAGUCAACUGAAAAGGUGACAUAUACCGAAUUUAAGUAUUGGGAUUGGAUCCAUUCAGAUCCAUUAUGUUCUGAUAAACUGAAUCAAACACUUGUUAUCAGGAAAAUAAGACAACUAUCAGGAAAAUAAGACAACUUACAAUGAACAUUUUGUUCAUAAAAGCCAGCACGAUGAUUUGAAUUCCUCCUAAAAUUAUUUUUGCCUCAAGCUCAAAAAUUUUGAAUUUGCUGCAUCUCUACUAUGCACUUAUUGAGCACUCUUUAGCUAUACUUUUUAAAACAUUAGCUGCAGAAGCAAAAACCUCUUGGCCAAUGUGUUAAUUUAUGUGGGCUGGACCAGGCACAGUUACUCUAAUGCAGUAAUGCAGAAUCCAAAACCACUAAUGGUACAGUGGCCUUUGGGGCCACGUUUUCUGCAAAUAUGGUGGUGUGCUUGUUGGCCAAAAAUAACUUGAGCUAAGCAUCUUUUAAGCCAUGGUGAGUAUUGUUGUUAUAUAUUGAAUUGUUUAAUCACAAUCAUAUGGCUGCUGUAUAUGCCAGGAGGAAAAACAGUCCAAAGCUGCCCCCUGUAACUUGCUAGAAGUGCCCAGUCCUUUAAUUUACUGAUAAAAAGAUUUCCUAUUUUUAAAACUAUAAAUAAAAAGUAACAUAUAUUAGAAAGUGAUUUAUUUAAAAAAAAAAAAAAAAGUAUCAAAACAGUAUGUUUUCUCUCGGCCGUUUCAAUUUAUUUCAAUCGAUUUUCUCUUAGCCUUUUCAGUUGUCUCUGUCUUAAUGAGACCUUUAAAAUCUGAAAAUGAGAUUUAAACCUCCUGCAUAGAGAUUUAGCCCUGAGGUUCCAGCCCUUUAGCAAUCCCAAUGCAAUGCUGGAACUGUCAGAAAAGAAAGGUGGGGAUGAAAGGUUCUUUUUAAAUACUGAAGAUACUCUUUAAGAGUUUCGGUAUAGAUAUAGGUUAUUCUGUACUGGCAGAUACUUAUUUUAUAUAUAUAUAUAUAUAAAUUACCGUUUAUUUUUUAUAGUGGGAUAUAUUGCAGUGCUGUACAUAAAAUAAGUUUAGCCCUAAAUGAUGCUUUCAGACCUAUUUCCCUUCCCCAUAGUUCCUAAAAAAACAUCCUAAUACCAUAAUGCCUAAGGUAUUUAAGUUUGACCACCUAUGGUGUAGUUCCUAUGACAAACAAUUGCAGUUUGAUAGCAUCUUAUUUUAUGUUUACUAGAGAUGUUAAAAACAGUUGCAUUGGCACUUUCACACCAUGAGACCAGCUUUAAUAAAACAUCCAGGAAUAGUCCUAGAAAAUUCAUUGGUCAGCUUAACUGCUGCUAGUAAGAGACUGAUUGAGAAACCUCUUUCACAAACUCAUAACUGAGAUCAUAGCGGGCCUCAGUAGCAACUGGGAAUAAACAGUGUCAUUGAUAGCUGUUUUGUGUGCUGGUCAAUAUUAUGAAACUGUAUAUGCUAGGCUUUAACUACAACUGUCAUGGUGUUUGUCAGCUCCAUGUAAAAGAACACUGGUGUGAUGUGGAAGAUACUAUUAAAAAAAUAAACCUGAAUAACCAGCAAUGCUUUAUAACUGGAGAUAAAAAUACAAUACAUUCUCUUGAAGUAUUUAUAUCCUUGUUUUGCAAAAAAAUGUCUUGGGAUGUAAAGUGCAAAUGGAAGAAAAUACAUAUGCAUGACAUUCUCUUUUGUUUUUAUCCACCAUCAUCUUCAUUUCUCUAAAACUGUCCUGUCUCUAACGUUCCCUUUUAACAUUUCACUUUAAUUUGCUUUGCUAUUUAUCACACCUAUGGCAUUAGCCGCUUUUAAAACCUAGCAAACUUCUAUUUUCUGAACAUAUUUAACGUGAUACCAGUGACAGUAAUCAUUUACCAUAUGGUUAAAGGUUUUUAAUUUGCACUGGAUUUUAGAGAAAGGUAGGUUAAGGUAAUACUGCUUAACAAACUGACAUCAAACAUAAGUACUUUUUAUACAAAGUAAAAAUUUUACAAUUUGACAAAAGUAAUUAAAUAAGUACAUAUAAACAAUGGCAAUUUGCAUUUUCAUAACGAAUUCCAUCCAGAGAGUAACUUGUUUUAAUACGAUGUCUGUCAAUUAAUUUGGCUCAUUAGUCCAGUUAGUGUAUGGGUGAGGUGUUAGUGUGUUUGAUAAAUGUGCAUUUCUGUAAUGCACUAAAACAUCCUGAGCUAUUUUUCUGCUUCCUUUCUCAUAAUCUUUAUCUGUUUUUGUGUACCGAUAAAGCUAUUGUGUUAAAAUAUAAGUGUGAUCAUUAGAAAUUACCAGCAUCAGACAUAUUUUAAUGCAUACAUCAGUUACGCACACAAUUGUGGUAAGCUGUUGGCUUUUAUUUGCAGGUGCAGCAGUAAAUCUCACUCUUGUAACCCCUGAAAAGGCAAUUAAACUGGCCGCUAAUGACUAUUUCAGAUAUCAUCUGUCGAAAACUGGCUCUCCUUUGACUCUGUCCAAAGAAAUGCUGGCAGGAUGUGGUGCCGGAGUAUGUCAGGUUAUUAUCACUACACCAAUGGAGAUGUUAAAAAUACAGCUACAAGAUGCUGGAAGACUAGCUGCCCAGAAGACUGUAAAAGGGAUACAAUGCAUGCCACCUGGCACUAAGCACUUAAAUACAAUUCCUGUACUGACCAGGGCCUAUAAUGUUGGACCCACAUCUGCUGCUCGCAAAGUAUCUGCUACACAAAUUGCUUCGGAGCUACUUCGUACAGAAGGUAUAAAAGGCCUGUACAAAGGGCUAGGAGCCACCCUUUUGAGGGAUGUACCAUUCUCUGUCAUCUACUUUCCAUUAUUCGCUAAUCUCAACAAGCUGGGCAAGGCUUCUUCUGAUGACAAGGCUCCAUUCCUUUAUUCAUUUACUGCAGGCUGCAUAGCUGGAUCCACUGCUGCUGUGGCUGUCAGUCCUUGCGAUGUAAUAAAGACACGCCUUCAGUCUUUAAGCAAGGGAGCAAAUGAAGAGACCUACAGUGGAAUUGUGAAUUGUGCCAGGAAAAUCUGGAUGAAGGAGGGUCCAUCUGCUUUUUUUAAAGGCGCAGGAUGCCGAGCACUAGUCAUUGCACCUCUGUUUGGUAUAGCUCAGGUUGUGUAUUUUUUGGGUGUUGGAGAAACUGUACUUGAGAUGGCUCAAUUCAACCGCUUGAUGGCCUAAGCAUUCCACAAGAGUAAACUGCAAGACUGCAAUUAGAGUGAAACAGGCUGCAACCUUAUAACAUCCUCUCUAAAUUCAGCUUUUAGAUCCCCUCACCAUUGUGUGUAAUACCUCCUGAGUUGGCAAGCUCAAAAGUUUCCAAAGGCACUGAAGGGUGUACAGGUGAUUUUUGUUGUUUUUCCUCACCAGCCCUCCCCCUUCUUUAGCACUUAUAACGACUGAAUGUACUACUCACUUGUGGAUACAAUGGAAAAAGAGCACUAUUUGUCUACACUGGUAAAACAAAAAAUGGUUACUUAAAUAUCAUCUAUGUAUUUCACAACAAAUGUAAGCAUUCCUGCUAAGUUAUUGCUGUUAAAUAAAGCCGGGAAUGCAACGCACACUUAUUUUCACUGCACACCUAUAAAAAAAAAAAAGCAUAUAAAGUCCAAAGGGGUUAUUUAUUCACGGGGGCCAAGUUUUUUUUCUGUUUGAAAUAUUCAGUGGUGCAGACUGAAGUAAAAACUUGAAUAUCUCUCUGUGCAGCUACAAUUUUUAUUUUUUUCCACAUCAAAUCUUUAUGAUGGGUUCAAUUGUUUUAAAGAAAACACUGUAAAUAUUUUUAUGUUUUAGGAGAGUAACUCUCCAUUUACAUGUUAAAGUUCAGCGCCAUUGGUCUGCUGAAUAUUAUUAAUUAAUAUUUUAAGCAUUUUUAGAUGCUUAAAUCUUAAGCUACUUAAGGAAACCUAUUGUUUUCCUUGGUAGGUAAGCAGCAGAAUAAGGAUCAAUAGCAUUUUAGUAUAAUAUUUAUACAGAUGCUUUUAUUAGGCUGGACGUGCCUCUUUUUGGGAGAAGUGUUCUGUUUGUCACCUAUUGGUUCGUGUUCAUCACUUUUAGUUGCUACAGUAUCUACAUUUUGGCACUGAAAGUGUUAAUGUGCCAGCCUGAUUUGAUGGUCCAUUCUCUUAUAGGGGGAUUUAGUUAUAAUUCAUAUGUUUUAUAUAUAUAUUCUUUCUAGAACUGAUGUGUAGGUGCUGAUGCUGUAAAUAAUUGCAUUUUUACCCUUUGAAAAGUAACCCACAUAUGUUAACUAUAGUUAAAGUCAUACUUAAAUGUAUAAAAUCUUUCCACAUUUUGCAGCCCCUGCCACAGUUUAUCUGCAGGAUUAAAGGAGUUUCUGCAACUUUGAAUAUGCCAUAAACUGAAUAAUGAGUCAGUGUUUCAGCUUAAGUGCAUCUUAUACCCCAUAGUUACUAAUUAUUCAAGACUGACAUUUCAUUCUACAUAAAUGUGGUUAUGGUUUUCUUGUGUUCAGAUGUGUUGUUUACAUUGCCUAUUUGUACUUCUUGUUAUUAUAAAACUCCAUACCUAAAGGCAUUCUUGGGUACAGCAGCUUUGGAGUUUAGAUUCUGUUCAAUCAGCCAUAUUGGGUUGCCACUUGGCCAGUAAAAAAAUGAUGCUUGAUCCCAAUGUUAUUAAUAGGGAAGAAAGAUUAGUAUAUAGAAAAGGUGGCAAUCCUAGUGGCAUAGCAUGAAAGAUAUAGAUUCAUUGAGCAUUACGGCUUUGUCAAGACCAAUUCUGUUGGCACAACCUAGGAGUGGUAAAACAUUCAUGGUAGGACAGUCUGUGGCUCUUGGCCACUAAUCAAAUGCCACAGCUGUCACUUUGAAACUGUAGAACGUUCUGCUGCUGGCUGUGAAGUUCAAAUGCUAUAGUAAGGAUUGAGAUAGGUUUCACAAGGGUUCAGCUAAGUUUCAAAAUCAAGUUGUUAGGAAAUGGGAAUUGGCACUCGAAAUGGUGGUGGUAUUUUCAAAAAUGUUAGCAAGAUGAGAAAUUGAUGUAUGUUUGGUGAGGAAGUAGUUACUUGGUGCUAAAGGUUCUUAUCUGUUUGUUGAACCAAAUGCUCCAAAUAAUAGUAUAAACAUUGCAGUCCAAGGAAGGAAAUUGGUGAUAAAGGCAACUGUUUGGUGGGACUUCAUUCCCUGGCAAAGGAUUAGCUAAGAAGCUUUUUUUAGCUGCUGCAGUAGUUUAAAUGAAGCGCCUCCCACAAGUGACAAGCACUUGAUACUGACCAAAUUCUCAUGUAUACAAUAGCAGUGGAAUACACUAAAUAGCAGUGUUGCUCACAUAUUUGGCUUCUGACAAGAAUAUAAGACAAACACUUUUGUACUUUUAUACACUUUGAAGCUUGUACUGUUUCAAGAGAGUAUUGUUUACCCCUCAAAUAGAGGAAGCCCUACUGAGAUUUAAACUGAAAUACUACAUCCUAAAAAGGCAUAAGGUAUCUUUAGUAUGACUCCAAAUAUGACUAAAGGUAUCUUGCUCAAUGAGCAGGGCAAAUAGACACCAUGCCCCAGAAAGCAUACAUUUUUAGAGCAGUUCAGUCCAACUUUUUCCAUGUGUUUUGUUACAGUAAGCUGCUUGCAGGUUACAUUCUGUCUAGAAUGGUAUGAUAUGAAGAAUGUUGUGUGUGCAAUGCAAUAUUUGGUGCCCAGUUUUUAGAAGCACUGCAUUAAGUGCCCAGGAGGGUGCAUCCAGGCAAGCAGACAGUUAUGCCUAAGCAUAACAACUACGGUAAUGGGAAUUGUUCAUUGUACAGAUUGGGUGCUACAAAGUUACAUAGUCAAGUUGGGUUGAAAAAAGACCAAAGUUCAUCAAGUCCAACCCCUUCGGUGAACAUAUAUACACACACUUGUUGUGUUGGUAUCACAACUUACAAGGAAGCUUGCUUAUGGAGCCAUAUCCGGCCCAGGGCUUUGAGGUUGGACAGUCGUGCUUUAAAUAAUUGCUUGUACUUUUCUGGAUCUUAUGCGGCCACCAGCAUUUAUAACUAAGGUUUGUGAAAUAUACAAGGAUAUUGGACAAGUGAGUUGUUAGAUUGUUAUAACACAUCAGUAUUUUCUGAGAAGCUUGCAGCUUAUGUAAAUGUAAACAUGUUUUUUGGUAUAUUUAAAGGGUAAGUAUGCCUAUAUAUAAGUAGUUAUUAGAGGGUUUUGUAUUGUGCUCCCCACUGCUCCGGGUCCAUGUUGCACAGGUGUGUGCCUGGCAUAUGGGUGAGGGGUAGGUGGUGGUGAAGGGGGUAUGAGAUGGUUUGUAGCAGUGGGGGCCUGAGGUGAGCCAAAGGGUCUCCAGUCUGUCAUAGUCACCAUUUUUGGACAGUGUUUUAUUCAGCCAUCAGUAUUUAGACUCCCAAACAUCAAUUUGUUGGUUGCACUAUCUUGCUCUGGAGAACUAGUUAUUACGACUGAACAAACCUCUUUCAAAUAGCUUAAUUUGCCAAUACAGCGCAGUGUUUUUAUCUGGGUAAACUCUUAAACUCUUUUUCCUAUAAAGAGAUUUAUUUUCACUUUAGAAGAAGACAUUGCUUUUCACUGAAUAUUCCUUCCUUGCAGUGAGAGGAUAGUUUCUAUGCAGGGAUUAUUUGGGAAAUAGAGUAAGCCCUGUCCCAUGCAAUGUCUUGUCAUGCUUUUAUCUUUUAUAAAUGGAAAAGUAACUUUCUGUAUAUGGCAUAUUGGACAAAUUAUCAGCUCAUUAUUUGCCACAAAUACCUUUUUUUUUCUUGUUUAAAAAAGCAAUGCUUGUAAAUAGUUUAUGACCAUUUAUUUGGAAACUAUUUCUUAAACCUUAAUAUAUUUAAGGUUUUUUGUUUAUAUUUGCUUUGCAUAUUAGAUAAACAAUUUAUUACACGCCUGUGGCAUAAAUGUACAUGUAGUAAAUGCUGAAUUGUGAUUCUCCUGUACUUUCUAGCAAUAUUUACUGAAUAAAUAUACAUUGGUUUUGAAAGAUCA